AUGGCCUGCACCUCCUCCAUUAUCGGCGUCUCCUCCAUAUACCAAGCCAGCCCGACGACCCUUGACCCCAACAGACCUGCCACGCCAUCUCUGCACCUUCAUUUCUCCGUCGCCGGCAACAGUUUGAGAGCUUUUUCUUCGUUGCGCUCCAAAUCCGGCGCGUGCCGCGCCAACUCAUUCGUGCCGUCGGCCGUGGCUACUCAGAACUCGUCUUGGUUGAGCGAGGAGGCGCUCAAGGGGCUCGGAAGUUUCGAAGACGUUAGAGACGGCGAGUACGGGGUGGAUUCCUUCGACGGCGAAUUGGAGGAGAUUGGAACUGGAAAUGCGGACGAGCUCGACAUUUCUAAGAUUGGGUUGCCUCAGCGGCUCGUGGACACGCUUGAGAAGCGUGGUAUUAAGGAGCUUUUUCCCAUUCAGAGAGCUGUAUUGGUGCCAGCACUGGAAGGUCGUGACAUAAUUGCUCGUGCGAAGACUGGAACUGGGAAAACAUUGGCAUUUGGCAUUCCUAUACUCAAAGGACUUAGUGACCAGGACCAAGAAAGUGGCCCUAUAAGACGAGGUCGGUUUCCAAAAGUAUUGGUCCUUGCGCCUACCCGGGAGUUAGCUAAGCAAGUUGAGAAAGAAUUUAAAGAGUCUGCUCCAUAUUUGAACACUGUUUGCAUCUAUGGAGGGGUUGCAUAUGUCACGCAACAGAGUGCACUUUCGCGUGGUGUCGAUAUUGUGGUUGGAACACCCGGUAGAGUCAUUGACCUUAUCAACAAAAACAGCCUGAAGUUAGGAGAAGUUCAGUACUUGGUUCUCGAUGAAGCGGAUCAAAUGCUUGCUGUGGGGUUUGAGGAAGACGUAGAGGUCAUCCUUGAAAAGCUUCCAUCUCAAAGGCAGAGCAUGUUUUUUUCAGCGACUAUGCCUGGAUGGGUAAAGAAGCUAGCAAGAAAGUUUUUGGACAAUCCUCUUACCAUUGACCUUGUUGGUGAUGACGAGGAAAAAUUGGCUGAAGGGAUUAAGUUGUAUGCAAUUUCGACUACCGCUACAUCUAAGCGAACAAUCCUCAGUGAUCUUGUGACGGUUUAUGCAAGGGGCGGAAAAGCCAUCGUUUUUACGCAGACCAAACGUGAUGCAGACGAAGUCUCUCUGGUAUUGACAAAUAGCAUUGCCUCAGCAGCAUUGCACGGUGACAUUUCUCAGCACCAGAGGGAACGGACCCUAAAUGGUUUUAGACAAGGAAAAUUUACGGUGCUCGUCGCAACUGAUGUUGCUGCUCGUGGGCUUGAUAUUCCAAAUGUUGACCUUAUUAUACACUAUGAGCUUCCGAAAGACUCGGAAACAUUCGUUCAUCGAUCUGGGCGGACAGGACGUGCAGGAAAACAAGGCACGGCUGUUUUAAUGUUCACGAGCAGCCAACGUAGGACGGUGAAGACUCUCGAGAAGGAUGUUGGGUGCAGGUUUGAAUUUGUUAGUCCACCAUCUGUUCAAGAGGUUUUGGAGUCAUCAGCCGAGCAAGUAGUUGCCACCCUUGGUGGAGUUCAUCCCGAAUCUAUUGAGUAUUUCACUCCAACUGCCCAAAAGCUGUUUGAACAGAAAGGAGUGGAUGCUCUUUCUGCUGCCUUAGCAACUCUCAGUGGCUUUCCCCGGCCUCCGUCAUCUCGGUCGCUUAUCACUCACGAGCAGGGUUUGGUUACAUUACAGCUGACCCGUGACAGUGGUUAUUCUAAAGGGUACCUAUCUUCUGGGUCUGUUAUUGGUUUUCUAAAUGAUGUCUAUUCUCCAGCUGCUGAUGAAAUUGGCAAAAUACACACUAUUGCCGAUGAAAAGGUCCAAGGGGCAGUUUUUGAUCUCCCAGAAGAAAUUGCUAAGGAGUUGCUGAUGAAGGAACUUCCACAGGGAAAUACUAUUACCAAAAUCAUCAAGUUGCCGUCAUUGCAAGAUGAUGGGCCUCCAAGCGAUUAUUAUGGCAGAUUUUCAAACUCCGAUAGACGUUCCCAGAGAGGAGGCUCAAGGGACAGGAGAGAUUCCAGAAGUUCUCGAGAUUGGCUGAAUAGCAGUGAUGACGAGGAUAGUUCUAGAAGAGGUGGUCGUGGGGGCAGAAGUGACAAUAAGUGGUCUAGCAGCAGUAGCAGUGAUUCGCUGUUUGGGAAUGAUAGGCGAUCAAGCCGUUCCUCGUCUUAUGGUAGCCGUUCGCCAUCUUUUGGGAGCCGAUCCUUUUCUUCUGGGGGCCGAGAUAGGAGCUUUGGCGGUGCAUGCUUCAACUGUGGGAACACUGGUCACAGAGCAUCAGAGUGUCCCAGCAAGAACCGUUAA